AUGCGAGGGUUCUCGGCGAUUUUGUCUCUUUUGGGUUCGUUUUUUGAACUUUUUGAAGUUUCUGUGAGGUCCUAAGUUCUCUGUUACUCUAAAAAUCGUCGAAUCGGGUUGAAAUGAAGGAGAAUAAGCCCUUGGAGAGCUGUAGAAGUUCAGUUUUCGAGUUUAUGAUCUCUUCUAGUCGACAUGAUUCUAAAAUGUGUGCUUUCCCGGCGAUUUUGCCUCUUUUGGGUUCGUUUUUUGAACUUUUUGUAGGGUUGGAAAUCCAAUUUUGAAGUUUCUGUAAGGUUCUAAGUUCUCUUUCACUAUAAAAAUUGUUAAACCAGAACAAAAUGAAGGAGAAUAAGACCUUGGAGAGCUGAAGAAGCUCAGUUUUUGAGUAUUUGAUCUCUUCUAGUCGAUGUGAUUCUAAAAUGCGUGGUUUCUCGGCGUUUUUGCCUAUUUUGGUUCGUUUUUUGAACUUUUUGUACUUAUUUUAGUGAAGGGAUUCCAUUUUUUGAAGUUUCUGUAGGAUCUCGAGUUCUAUAUUACUUUUAAAUUACAGAAAUAGGUGAAAUUAAAGAAAAACUCUUGAAAAGUUGAAGUAGCUCAUUUUCUGACCCUUUUUGACUGCUUUUUGUGAAUGUAAACUGAUUUUGGGUAGGAAAUAUAUUCUUGAGCCUCCUGUAGGGCCUUGAAUUCUUUAUUGUUCUAAAAAUCGCGAAAAUAGGUCAAAAUGAAGAAAAAAAGGCUGUUUAAAAGUUUAAAAAAAACUCAAAAAAUGAUCUCUUUUAUUCGCUACCAACGUAGAAUGCAUGAUUUCCCGGCAAUUUUGCCUUUUUUGGGUUCUUUUUAUGAAGUGUUUUUCAUUGAUUUUUGGUAGGAAAUCUAUUUCUGAGGCUUCUGUAAGAUCUGUGACCUUAAAAAACGCGAAAGUAGGUUGAUAUGAAGGAAAAAAGGCCGUUGAAAAAUGAAAAACUGAUUUUUUGAGGUUUCAUGGUUUCCAGCGAUUUUUUCCCUUUUUAGGUUCAUUUUUUGGAAUCUUUCUACUUAUUCCGGGUAAAAAAUCGUUUUUUUUUAAGGCUCCUGUAGAAACUAGAGCUCUGUGUGACCUCAAAUAACCGUUUACAAUGCUAAAGUAAAGCAAAAAAUUGAGUAAAACAAGCCUUUGAAAAGCUUAAAAAGCUCAGUUUUUGAUUUUUCCGUCCUUUUAGUCAGAGCUACCAGAUUUCUUCCUAAAAUUUUUCUUUUGGCUCCAAAUUUAUAGUUUCAUCCGUUUCCAGCCUUCCUAACCGCCCUGGAAGCCUAUGAAGACUUUCCGGAGACCUACGCCGAAAUGCAGAAAGUUCUGAAAGACUUGGAGUUGGAAUUGGCCCAGAUGGUCAAAGAUAAGAAUGAUAUCGCCCUGCAGUUCAUCGACGGUAGCGGCGAGCUUCAGAAUGAGCCAGGUUUGUCUAGGAGUUUAAAGGAGCAUAGGUACCUUUCUUAAAAUGGUCUCGAAACGAAGAUUCGUUCUUAGUGUUAGCUAGGGUGGUUCUGAGUCAUUAAAUGGCUGGGUACGGGUUUUUAGAAGAAAAUUGAGAUUUUUAGCAAGUUUUUGGGAGAUUUUUUAUCAAGUAUAAGCAGUAGAUAUUCAGUCUUUGAAACUUCCAAAAGUUCAACUACAACCUCAAGUUCAACGAGUACAACCACCACUACCACUACGACGACUACUCUUGCGACCACGACGAUUCCAACGACUACAACUACAAAAAUCGUCAAGAUGAAUAUUUGUGUACCUGAGGCGCAGUGCUACAAGGACAAUGAGUGUGGAUUCCGAACGGUGAUUUUCGAUAUUUUGAACCGAAUUUUUAGUUCUAAGCUUUGUUGGUUAGUUCAAAAUGGCUUUCAAAAUUUAUUUUUGAAAGUUUUAGUGGAGUUUUAGUCCUGGAUCAGGCCUUGAGAAGCUAAUUUAUCAUUGGAAAGGUUGGAAGAACUGAAGAAAAGGUCCGAUUAAUCUGGCCUAAAAAUCGUUAUCAUCCGUCUUUGAACUGAUGAAAUAUGACUGUUUGGUAUUUUUUUCAUUACUUUUAGGAUUACUGGUUCGAUCCCCAUUGAAAUUUUUGCCAUUUUUUUCAAGAUUGCUUCUAACUUUUUUCUAAUUCUUCUUAUGAAAUUUUUUUGUGAAUUGGUAUUAUUUUCAAAUUUUUUUCAUUUUAACAUUAGUUGUAUCACUCAAAAGGUCAUUGGUUCGAUCUCCUACGGAAAAAUGUUUUUUGCCGUUUUUUUAAAGAUUUCUUUGUCAAUUUUUUGAGGUCGAUAGACUUGAACCUGUAGGAAUUACAUUCAUGGGUUCGAUCCCCUCCGAGGAAAAUAAUUUUUGCCAUUUUUUAGAACUUUUUCUUGUUGACUAUAUGCGUUUGCUUCUUAUUUUUCUAAUUUUUCGUCAUUUUUAGAAUAUUUAUUAUCAAAUUUUGACCUUUUAUUUUUAGUAUCCUUACUCAAAAGGUCAUUGGUUCGAUCCCCCCGAAGAAAUUGAAUUUUUGCCAUUUUUUAGAACUUUUUCUUGUUGACUAUAUGCGUUUGCUUCUUAUUUUUUUCUAAUUUUUUUCGUCAUUUUUCAGAACUUUUUUUCAAUCAACUUUUGACCAGGAAUAUCAAAAUAUUGUACUUUUUAGUGUUCCUACUUACAAGGUCAUUGGUUCGAUCAUCAUCGAGGGAAAAAAUAUUUUUGCCACUUUUCAGAAUUUCUUCCUCUUUUUGAUUGCAUAGAUUGUAAAAUUUUCUUUCAAACUUUUCAAAUUUUGGACUUUUUUCUAAUUUUUAAUCAACCUUUCGCCACGAUUUCGAAAAUUUCUUCUAAUUUUUCAAUAUCUUUCCAGGGAAGAUGCUUGGGAAGCGAGUUGGGCACUUGCGACUGUGGCGCUUGUGUCGCUGGCCGCAGUUGUUCCAGCGAUUCCGAUUGCGGAGGCCUGCGGAACUCUUGCGCAAGUGAUACGGGACGAUGUGAUUGUGUUGAGGUUUUGUUCGAGCUAUAGCUGAUUCACGGCUGGCUUGAGCCAUCGAAAAAUGGGUCCUGACACGAUAAUGCCCGAGACAGCGCCUGGCUCGUGGAGAGCGCAGACAGGACACGCCCCCUUAGCGUCCCAAGCUGGCCGUGAAUCAGUUAUAUGGGCAUGGAACGUGGUCAGCCAGAGAAAGCAUUAAACAUUUCCUAAAAUGAGGGGUCGGCGGCCCUGAAAUUCGGUCCGCCCAUGUAUGGGCUAGAAACUUCGAUAAAAAUUGAGAUUUCAUGGACUUUUUCAAACAGAAAAUACGAUUUUUCAGAGUUUUUCCAUUUUUUUUUUCACCUUUAGGCUUUCAAAACGCACGGCUACGAGCUCUUCAUCAACGUGAUCCUGAAGUUCUGCCGCCAAACCAAAUGCAACGUCAAAAAUAACGAUAAAGCCUGUUUCGGACUGCCCUGCCGUGUUGGGAAAUGCCUUUGCGAUUGA